GGCAGACCCCAUAGGAGCACGGCAGACCACAGAAGAGCACGGCAGACCAACAGGAGCACGGCAGACCACACAAGAGCACGGCGUUGCGGUCGGCUGCGAGGCCCUUCGCCCCAGCUGGGGUUGACCCCGUUGCCGGCGGCGGCGGUGCCCAGGUGAUGCAGGCCCAGGUCGACGUCGGUGAGUGCGACGAGGCGCGGCAGCAACUUAACAUGGAGUUCGAGCUGGCUGGGCGCGCCCGCGUUGGGCGUGGCGCCCGCAUCGGCGAUUGCUACGUGCCUUCCCCUCUCUUCCCUGGGGUGUCGGAGGUUGACUGCGAGGUGGACUUCGUGCAGGCCGCGGGCGCUACGGCGGCGCCGCCGCGCGCUGCUGGCGAAUGCUCCGACUCCGACGGCGUGAUCCUCGACGGCGAGGCCGACGUGGCCACCGCUUGCUCGGUUGGGGAGCAGCCAGCUGCCGAAGCUGCUGGACAUGUUGCUGCCGCCGCCGCCGCGUACGUCGACGCCUUCCCGCAGGCCCUCUUCCGUGGGGGCGGCGGCGCCAGGGCUCGUGGCGAGGUCGCGGCUCGUGAUUGGUGGCGUGCGAGGGCGGCCGUCGCCCGCGCUUGGCUCACAGCGGAUGCCGCGACGGUGCAGGCGCCCUCGGAUGAAGGAGCGAGCGUUGGAGGUGCUGCAGGAGGGGCGCCGCUGCCUCCAGGCUUGGAUUCGAGGAGUGACUGGAGCAGCGUGGUUAGUCCUCUUGGUGAGACGUGAUUUCCCUGCGUGUUCGGAAUGCCUUCUGUGUGAUGGUUCGCCUUGCACGUCUGUUCUCCAUUGGAGGUGGGGGGCUGUGGUUGUUCAGUGGGUUACGUCUCCUGCAUUUGAAUGUGCACGUGGUGUAUUUGCAAUGCAGUCGAGUUCGGUUGUGAUCAUGCGUGGCCUCUGCUCUCGCAGUGCUUGCAUGGUUGGCGUGGGCUGGUUGGGGGCCCUGUUUGAGGCAAGCAGUUGCUUUCCGUUUCUGCUGCUUACCUUGCGUGCGGACGCUAAUUCCGUUUGCUCCGUGCAUUCGCAUUUCUUGUAGUUGAAUGUGUACGUGAGCUCUUCUGUGCAGCUUCGCUGCUUCUGAUGCCUCUCGGCACUGCCCGCCCUCGUGGCCCUGGGGCCUAGGCGCCCCCGUUGGCCCUGGCGGGCGUCUGGCGCUCCGCGCCCCCCUGCGGUGGCCCCUUUCGGGCCCCCAGGGUUGGCCCUUGAGGCCCUGGGGCCAAUGGGCUCCGUGGGCCUCGGGCUUCUUUUAGCCUUCAUAGGCCCCGCACGACACGACACGACACACAAGAGCACGGCAGGCCACACAGGAGCACGGC